CUGAUUGGUUGAUGAAUUUUGCUCCGGAUUCUCUCGUGCCUUUUAUCAAUUACUAUUGGAUUAUUUCUAAUGUAACCAUCGUCCACUAUGGAUGAAAAUUGAAAUUCGAGAAUCGAAAUUAACGAACGUAAGUAACCGCAUUAUAGAGAUAACGCUGUGGAUGUAAAUUGAAAGUCAAGAAUCGAAUUUAACUAACAUUAUCGUAUUUCGUAUAAUUGUUUUUUACGUUAUUGGUAGUAAUGGCAAAUCCCGAUAACAAUAAUGCAUCUGACGAAGAGAAAAUCGAUCCCAUGAAAGACGUGCGUGCUGGAAUAGUACGUGAAGUGGGAAGUCAAGCAAUAUGGAGUCUUUCUUCGUGCAAACCAGGUUUUGGUGUUGACCAGAUAAGAGAUGACUGUAUGGAAACUUACUGGCAAUCAGAUGGUCAACUUCCACAUUUAGUUAAUAUUCAAUUUAGACGUAAGACAGUGGUACGUGAUAUAUGCAUAUACAUUGAUUAUAGACUUGAUGAAAGUUAUACACCUGGCCGCAUAUCAGUGCGAGCUGGCACAAAUUUUAAUGACUUACAAGAAGUUGAGGUAGUAGAACUCAAUGAACCGUAUGGUUGGGUAAGAAUAAUGACUAAAGAUAUCAACGAUUCAAUGUUGAAAACUUAUAUGCUACAAAUUGCUGUUAUUACCAAUCAUCAAAAUGGAAGAGAUACACAUAUGAGACAAAUCAAAGUGCACUCGCCUGUUGAAAAGAAAGAUCCUCUUAUUGGCAAUUUUAGUACUAUAGAAAUGAGACAAUAUACAAUUAUUAAAUAAACUAUUUAAUUUUAUUAUUUUUUUUAUAACAUU